AUGUCUUUAGCAUUAGAGACGCAUUGUAAUAUUAAUUAUGAGUAUCUUGAUAUGCUUAUUGAAGUAGCAAGAACUUUGCAAAAAGAAUUUGGUAAAUCAGUUGAACAAAAAGAAAUCAAAAAUGAUCUAAGAAAACUAACAAGUGAACUUAAUAUUCAUAGUAGCUAUUUUAGAAGUCAUAAUAAUUACAAAAUAUUAAAAUUUGUUGAAAAUUACCUUUUUAAACAAGGCUAUUAUAUUUUUGAAAGGAUAACAUAUUACUUCAACGUAGAGAUUAUUGAGAAACUGCUAAUGAAAUUGUAA